CAUAUUUGCCGAAGUGCACAAAUUCAGGAAGAUUUGUUGAAGAGAGUAUCGGCGGUACAUGAACGAUUGAAAGGGAUGCAACCGAGCUAUGCUGCAUUAUUGUAUAUCGUUGAUGCACAACAAUGUGAAGGUUAUGGCGAAGAGUAUUUUAAUGGGAAGGAUGAAGAUAGUACUGAGGUAAAGAUUGGAUAUUCUCAGGAAGGCAUUAUUGUCAAGGGAUCCUAUGGUGCACCAUUAAAACAUAAUGUGCUCUUGAAUGUACAAAUCAAAUUUAUUGAUUUUGGAUGGGAACAUAUCAAGGAUAUGCAAGCAAUGAAACGACAUCUAAAUGUUCGACUUCAUAAUGGAACUUUAGUUCAAUUUACUAUGGAAGAUGCAGAAAUGGCACGUUACGUAGCAAUGGUAAUGACGUGGCAAUUUCGUUAUGCAACAAAUAAAGCAAUUAUUGAAAAAAAUAGCCCAAUGAAUAUCAAUAAUUUGCAAGGAAGUAUCCGAACGUUCAAUCAAAUGAGAUCAUCAAAUGCUGAACUUAAUUCAACUCGCCUAAUUGGACCAGACUAUGCGUCAUUAGUUUAUACAAUGAUGCCUGAACCGACGUAUUGCUCAUCCACGCAACGUUUGCCAUCAUCGAAAAGACUGCAGCGUACGUCACUUUUACAGGCUACGUCAAUGUGUAAUUUAUCAACCAGUACUGGUUGCAAUGAAACUCAUUCAUCAAAACGAUCACCGUUAACAUCAUUUUUACAACAUAACAAACCAGAAAAUGGUACUGCUAAUACAUUACUAUCACAAGGUCAAGCAAAUAUUGAAUUCGAAAAUGUUUCCCGAAAUGUAUUAUCAAAAUCGACAGCGGCAUUGAAUUUUAUGAAUGAUGAAGAAUAUAUUUCACCACCAGGUGUUCUGUAUUGUUCAACUCCCUUCUUACUGCAAAACAAUGCGCAGAAUGCAUCUUCAUCACCGGAAGAUACCAACGAUAUGAUUCCGUCGAUUGCUGAAGAUGUUGAUCAAAAAUUUGAAUUUCACAAUUUUGCCGCUUUACGGAAACGACAUUUAGCUGAUACGAUGACUGGUUCUUCACCGGAAAUUCGUAUGAUUGGCGGCGGAACGCAUACAUUGGGUCGAAGCGCUGCGGCAUUAGUGCACAAGCAUUCUUUGCUCGCAAAUAGAUCUCAAAAGGCAUCUCCGGGUCAUGCACUCAGUAGCCCGGAUCUGUUGAGUACUUGCCGUUCAUCACCUGAUCUUAUCACUUCCAUAUUGAAUCGAUAUCGGUUAGCGGUAGCUGAAGCAGAAUUACGAGCUGCUGCUGUUGUUUCACAAAAAUCACCACAAUUACAACAUCUCAAUGGUAUCAUUCAAACCGGCGGACAUUGGCAAACAAUAAAAGGAUGCGGAAAUUAUAUGCUACCGUCACCGCCACCAAUAAAUAUCAAAUCACAGCCUAACAUGAAUGAGGAAUCACAACAAACUGAUGAUAGUACUGAAACAUUAUCGGCAAGAUUUAUGGUUAUGGAAGUUGCUGAAGCAAAGAUCAAUCAGCAUAUGUCAAAAGAUGUUGUUAGGCCAAAAAUACGCAAGAAAUCACUGCCCGUAAUAUCCUCUCCUUCACAAGCAUCAUUCUAUCAUCGUCCAACGGCACCAAAAAUUAAAAAUCAGGCCCAUCCAAUUUCUUAUUUAUCUCAAGCUGGGCAUAUCUAUUAUCCUCCCUCAUCACCGCUUGCGCAAAUUCACGAGGUUUAUCGUCAACAGAAUGGCGGAACAAGCGGCUUUGGUAAUCCAAGUGAGUCAACAUAUGCUAACAGUGCACUGAAACAACCACCGCUAUUUUCCGCCCAUCAUCGUUAUGAAGUGAUUGAGGAAGGUCGAACGCCGGAAUCUUUCGUUCGUCGGGUUCAUGAACGCUGCACACCCUUGCUCUGCGAUGCUAACAGAGCUCUUCCGGUUCAAAAUCCAGCUCUAACCGUAUCAUCACCACGAAGCAUCUCAUCACCUGAUGUUUUCAAUCAUCGCACCAAAAAUCCAGUCUCCAAACAACUGAGCACUUCAUCGGCUGAUUCAGCACAGUCUACUAUUAUUCGACCAGUUGCUACAUUGGAAGAGUUCCCGAGCGGGAAUGAUUCCGAAAAUAUCCCAUCUCCGGCAAUGAUCAACGAAUCGCCAGAAUGUACCAGUUGUGAUAAAGCAACAAAUAUUUGUGAGGCG